GAGAUUCAACCGAUUCUCGAUUUGAUCCAAUAGUCGCGAUAGUUUACGCGCCACGAAGAUGGAUGAAGCUUUGCUGAGCGAGGAAGGCGGUGGUCAACCUGCAAGUUCCGAUCGGGGGAAAUUUCAUCCGCCGUUGUUCCAUCGAAGAGCCGAUGCCAUUGCUUACGGUUCACCUUAUCAGAAAGCGGCUGCGCUUGUUGAUCUGGCUGAAGAUGGUGUCGGGUUGCCUGAACAAAUUCUUGAUCAGCCAAGCUUUGAAGCUGCAGCAAAACACUACUUCAUGUUUAUUCGGUUUGACAUUCUUUGGACUCUUAAUUUCUUGGCUUUGGUAGUUCUGAAUUUCUUUGAGAAGCCACUGUGGUGCAUUAAAAACUCAUCCGGGAUUUCUUGCAAUAACAGAGAAUACUAUUUCCUUGGCCAGUUGCCGUAUUUGACUGCUGCGGAAUCACUAAUUUAUGAGGGUGUCACUGUUAUUGUUCUCUGUGUACACACGUUUUUUCCCAUCUCCUAUGAAGGAUUUCAUAUUUUCUGGACAAGACAUGUCAAUAAAUUAAAGGUUCUUUCCCUGCUAAUUUUGGUUGUUGAUCUAGUAGUCUAUGUGCUCUAUGUAUCUCCAGUGGCCAUCUAUUUUCUUCCAUUUAGGGUUGCUCCCUAUAUACGGGUCAUUCUUUUCAUUCUCAAUAUUAGGGAGUUGCGAGAGAGUAUUGUAAUACUGGCUGGAAUGCUUAGCACAUACUUGAAUGUUUUGGCUUUGUGGCUAUUAUUUCUGCUCUUUUCCAGUUGGGUAGCGUAUGUUAUGUUUGAAGAUACUGACCAAGGGAAGACAAUUUUUACAUCCUUCGCGGAAACAUUGUAUCAAAUGUUUAUCUUAUUCACCACAUCAAACAAUCCAGAUGUAUGGAUUCCUGCUUAUAAGGCUUCACGUUGGUAUUGCUUAUUUUUUGUUUUCUACGUGCUGUUGGGUGUCUACUUUGUCACAAACUUGAUUCUUGCUGUUGUAUAUGAUAGUUUCAAAGAUCAGCUUGCAAAACAAGUGAUAGAGAAAGACCGAAUGAGACAAAGGAUUCUAGGGAAAGCCUUCAAGUUAAUUGAUAAAUAUAACUAUGGAUUUAUUGAUAAGGAACAAUGCAUCCAUCUUUUCGAAGAACUGAAUAAUUACAGGACAUUGCCAAAAAUAUCAAGGGACGAUUUCGAGUUGAUAUUCCAUGAGCUAGAUGAUAGUCAGGACUUCAAGAUCAACAGAGAUGAAUUUGCUGAUCUUUGCCAUGCUAUUGCAUUGCGAUUUCAGAAGGAGGAUUGUCCAUCUUAUCUUGAAAACUAUCCAUAUGUAUACCAUUCAUGCUUGUCUGAGAAAUUGAAAGAAUUUGUUCGAAGCCCCAUGUUUGGGUAUAUAGUGGCUUUCGUCCUCAUCAUGAAUCUUGUUGCUGUUAUUAUUGAAACCACGCUUGAUAUUGAAAACAGUUCCGCACAGACCAUUUGGCAAAAGGCGGAGUUCGUCUUUGGGUGGUUAUAUGUCUUAGAAAUGGCAUUGAAAGUUUAUGUAUGUGGGUUUGGAAACUAUUGGAGAGAUGGGCAAAAUCGUUUUGAUUUCUUUAUCACAUGGAUCAUUGUUAUUGGAGAAACAGCAACUUUUGUGUCCCCUAAAAAUGUAACGUUUCUUUCUAAUGGAGAAUGGAUUCGUUAUCUUCUUCUUGCAAGAAUGUUAAGACUUAUUAGACUCUUGAUGCAUGUCCAACGCUACCGUGCAUUUGUAGCCACAUUCUUGACCCUAAUUCCAAGUUUGAUGCCUUUCCUUGGGACCAUAUUCUGUGUCUUGUGCAUCUAUUGCUCCGUUGGUUUACAGGUAUUUGGAGGGUUGGUGAAUGCUGGCAACACUGAGCUGAAGGAAACAGAUCUUUCUGAGGAUGAAUAUUUACUUUUCAAUUUUAAUGACUAUCCUAAUGGAAUGGUGACACUCUUCAAUUUACUCGUGAUGGGGAAUUGGCAAGUGUGGAUGCAGAGUUACAAGGAUCUGACAGGAACCUAUUGGACAUACACAUACUUUGUCAGUUUCUAUCUGAUUACAGUUUUACUGCUUCUAAAUCUGGUUGUAGCAUUUGUUCUGGAGGCAUUCUUUGCUGAAAUGGAAAUGGAGACAUCAGAUCAAUCUGAAGAAGCUUCAAAUGAAGUUGGUGUCAAAAACAGGCGUCGUAAUGUUGGAACAAAAUCGAGGAGUCAAAGAAUUGAUGCUCUUCUUCACCAUAUGUUGAGUGGAGAGCUUGAUCAGACACAAACACAAUUACUUAGUACUUAAAGUAAGCAUACUUUAAUUCCUUAAUUUAUAUGCAAAUGAUUCAUUUCUAUUUCUAUAUUUGUGUUUUUAUUUUUUAUUUUUGUCUGUAGCAAUCUAUUUUUGAAAGUGAGGCUAUUUAAUUUUAAUUUAUUACUCUUCUAAUUAAGGAGAGUACUCAUCAUUUGUAAUAUGCUAUAUAUAACUUUAUAGUAAAAACUCAAAUUAAUCUUUUUAUCCCUGUUUAAUUUAUUUAGAAGCAGGGUAAAAUUACAU